AUGGAGGAGCUCCAGGAGAGAAUGACUGAGUUCAUUCGAAUGGAGGAUCAGAGAUACGCCAGAAGGAAGCCCCAGACAGAAGCUCCCACUAGUGGGAGCAAAAAAGAAACUAAACAGGUUCGUGAAGGAGACCGAAGGCCUCCUAGAAGGGAACUACCCCUUGGCCCUCGAUAUGAUCAUUAUGCACGCCUGAAUGCGCCAUUGACAAAGGUGUUUAAGGAGGCCCUAAGCGCUGAGCUCCUCAACGUAGGAAAACGAUCCACGCCCCGGACCGCAGACGCAACCAAGGAGGAGCCAGAAUCACGUAAAAGAUCUCCUAGUAAAGAAAGAAGCCCCAAACGGAUUCAUGACACUAAUGUCCGCCCAAGAAACCGUUCACGAAGUCGCCAAAGGGAGAGAGAUCGCUCCCGAAGUCAUCCUAGGGAGCACGUGAGAGAAAGACCGAUUAGAGGCCGAAUUGACACCAUCUCUGGAGGCUUCGCCGGAGGUGGAGUCUCUUCAUCCGCCCGAAAAAGACAUUUGAGAAAUCUUAGGAGCAUCAACAAUGUAAGGCAUAAUUUUGUGUGCAUGCCCGAUAUUACAUUCACGGAUGCGGACUUCCACGCUCCGGAGCCCGACCAGGAUGAUCCAAUGGUAAUCACUCCCGAAAUAGCACUAUACGAUGUCAGUAAAGUUUUAAUUGACCAGGAUAGCUCGGUCAAUAUAUUGUAUUGGACGACAUUCCUGAAGAUGGACUUGUCAGAAGAUAUAAUAUGUCCAUUCAACGAACAAAUCGUAGGCUUCGUGGGUGAAAGAGUUGACACCCGCGGGUAUCUCGAUCUGAGAACUCGACUGGGGAUGCAAGACGAUGCAAAAGAACUGAGGGUCCGGUUCCUGUUGGUUGAAGCCAAUACCUCAUAUAAUGCCUUCGUGGGGAGACCAUGUUUGAACGCUUUCGGAGCCAUCGUAUCAACACCUCACCUAACAAUGAAAUUCCCGUCAGACAAAGGGACGAUAUGUAUAAUAAAGGUAGACCAGAAAACAGCACGACAAUGUUAUGUUGCCUGCCUAAAAGUCACACCUCACAAAAGGAGAUCAAAGGGGCAUGAAGCAAUAGUGUCAGGGGGAUAUUAA